UGUGGGAGCUUCACGGCGGCUGCGACGGGUGUGGCUUCCUACGUGAAAAUCUCAACGCUGAGGAAAGGUUGCGGGGCUGCUACCAUAAACUCUAUGAGAAACAGCAAAUUAAAAAGCUUUUGAGAAUUUGCUAAGUGCGUCCAGUAGGUUGCUGGUAGCAGGAAUUUCCACGCGCUCGCUUUUCAACAGCUGGAAUACUUUUAUUUUUGCUCUACUUCGUGGCCCGUUUGCGUGCCAUGGUCUACUGUCGGAACUGCCAGAUUUGCUAAAACGCUACUAUUUCAAAAAGUUGACAUUUUCGACCUCCUCUCUUCUCUGGGCAACUUGUCUAAUCUUCGGAAAUCUCCGCCGAUGUUCGUAAAUUGACCGGACGAGUGUUUAGGAAUUUUGUUGAAAUCCAGUUCACGUCGCGGGAAGAAAUACUUGGAUUUGAUGACUGUAGUUUGCUCUCGGAUGAACAGACUUCGUCAUUUUUUGUCACCACUCGCCAAAAAGGGAAGUAGUCUUGCUCAACUUUAAGCCUUGUUUUUUUUUUUCCUUUUUAAAAAAAUAAGGGCUUUCGGCCGCUCCUUUAUUUCUGGGUGAUAUAUUUCCCACUAAGCAGCAGUCCUGAAGCGCGCACUGGGAAACAUGGGCUGUACGGUUAGUCAGGAAGAUAAAGCCGCGGCCGAGAGGUCUAAAAUGAUCGAUAAAAACCUCCGAGAAGAUGGAGAGAAGGCAGCAAAAGAAGUGAAACUGCUGCUGCUGGGUGCUGGGGAGUCUGGGAAGAGCACCAUUGUGAAACAGAUGAAGAUUAUCCAUGAGGACGGAUACUCAGAAGAUGAGUGUAAGCAGUACAGAGCAGUUGUCUACAGCAACACAAUCCAGUCCAUUAUGGCCAUCAUAAAAGCCAUGGCCAACCUCAAGAUCGACUAUGAGGAGUCUGGCAGAGCGGAUGAUGCUCGCCAACUGUUUGCCUUGUCAGCAGCAGCAGAGGAGCAGGGCAUCCUGCCAGAGGAUCUGGCCAACGUCAUCCAACGACUGUGGGCCGAUGGUGGUGUGCAGAACUGCUUCACAAGGGCCCGCGAGUACCAGCUCAAUGACUCGGCAGCCUAUUACCUGAACGAUCUUGAGAGGAUAGCAAAGCCAGACUACAUCCCUACACAGCAGGACGUACUGCGGACCAGAGUCAAAACCACCGGCAUUGUGGAAACACACUUCACCUUCAAGCAGCUACACUUCAAGAUGUUUGAUGUGGGAGGCCAGCGGUCUGAAAGGAAGAAGUGGAUUCACUGCUUUGAGGGAGUCACUGCCAUAAUCUUCUGUGUGGCCAUGAGUGCUUAUGACCUGGUGCUAGCCGAAGACGAGGAGAUGAACCGGAUGCAUGAGAGCAUGAAGCUGUUUGACUCCAUCUGCAACAACAAGUGGUUCACGGAGACAUCCAUCAUCCUGUUCCUCAACAAGAAGGACCUAUUUGAAGAGAAGAUCACCCACAGUCCUCUGACCAUCUGUUUCCCCGAGUACUCCGGUCCCAACAAAUACGAGGAGGCUCAGGCUUACAUCCAGACCAAAUUUGAAGACCUGAACAAGAAGAAGGACACCAAGGAAAUCUACACCCACUUCACCUGUGCCACCGAUACCAAGAACGUGCAGUUUGUGUUCGAUGCCGUCACUGACGUCAUCAUCAAGAACAACCUGAAGGACUGUGGCCUCUUCUGAAGUCGCUCCUGGGAAAGAGUUGAGAUUACUUGAAGAGUUACGAUGACCAGACCGACGUGGAGAAAGCACACAUGGUGAACGACUGCACUGGCCAACCACGAUUUCUGCUUUGACCUGCUUUUGAUACGGACACCUGAGAGACUGAGAAGUCGACGAGCCUUGCAGAAUUUCAAUGAUUGCCGAUCCGGUUGCUCCUGUUGUUAACUCUUUGGGCUAUGACCACAAAUCAACUUGUAUCAUUCUAUUUUUGUUCUCUCUUUAUUUCUAAGUACUAAAGAAAGCAAAGGAAAGCCUUUUUAUAUAAAUACAUUUUCAUUUUACUUUAGAAUAUCUGCAAAUGAUUAAGCUUUUAAUCACAUGAAGCUUAUUUUUAAGACCAGCACAGGCAUAGACAUAAAAAUGAUAAAGGACUGCUUUCUUCUUUUUUUUUUUUUUUUUACAGUGUUUACAUAAGUUUGUCAUUUGCAGCUAAACCGUAUAAUGUUCUGCAUGAUUCAAAAGGACAAAUAUUAGCUCUGUAACCUGCACAAUUAUCUAACAUUCCAAAAAAAAAAAAAAACAAACCUAAAAAAAAAAGUAGAAAAGUUUUUUUUUUUAAAAAGCUUCACAUGCAGGGGGAGAGUGGCUAAUUUCUGUGUAACAUAUGUGUGUCGCUAACAUUCACUUUUUAUAGUUAGAUUUUCCAUGUCUGUCGCAAUGUUUGUUUGUGCCUUGAUUUCUGUUUACAAUCAGUUCCUAGAUAUGCUUUGACCUAAUGUGCAUCUCUAGUUUUUCCCCUUUCUUUUCUUCUGUUUGCUGCCUAGAACCGAGUAUACAGUGAUUGAGACAAAAUCUAAUUCAGAAAAAGGUUAGUGUUUUUGGUAAAUGUUAAAAUGCUUUAAAGUCCUAUAUGAUUUAAUUUAAAUAAAAGUAGAAACCACCUGAA